AUGCCGUCAAGCCUGACGCUGCAUCACCGUGCCGGCAUCAACAGUGUCGUACGCAGAAUACAUACGUGCGGAAGCACCGCACGACAAUCCAGUGCUCGUGUCGCUGCCUCCGGCCGAACGUCACCGCAGAAUAGCUCGACGGAUGCCUAUUACCGCCAGCGCCGCACCGAGUGGGUCAUCGUGGGCGUAGCAGGAUCGGCAGCUGCCUUUGGUACUUGGUAUUACUGGAGUAAUAUGCGCUCCCGCACUUCUGGAACUGAUACUCCUGUGCGGAACUUUAGCCUAUCUGGGAGAUCAUCUUCAUUUACUAUCCCCUCUCGCUCAAAAGACCCUGCACAUCCACCAUACAAAGUCAUUACCCCACUUACGGCUGAGCAAGUAAACGCUCGUCUUCGUGAGAAUGAAAGGAGCACAUGCGUAGAUCGACCUCCUGGCGCAUGUCUCGUGGCACGGUAUGACACCAACACAAUCGCAAGCAAUUUUCCCAUCGAGGACAAGCAUGCUGAGGUGAUUGUGGAGCGCGAUCGUGGUAUAUACGAGCAGCGAAAGUCAGCGCAUCAUACUGCGAACAAGGACACCCCUAUUCGCGGUGAUUUGUGUUUCUUUACAGUCAUGGAUGGCCAUGGCGGAGACUAUACAUCCACUGUGCUCUCGCGAAAGCUCAUUGCCUUUGUUGCCCUAGAGUUAGACAAGGUUUUCAAAGAGACAGGUGAGUAUGCGCAAAUGGCACGCUCCCAAAUCUCGAUGACCUCCUCGAUCUGGCGCACUCUGUUUGGAGGUAAUACUACCCGUGAAAGCCACUGGCUUGCGGCUCAUGCUUUGGACGGAAACCCGGAGAUUGUUAAGCGCGCACUUACGAAGGGAUUUCGCGGUCUGGAUAAGGAAAUUAUUACCACUCCGCUGGAGCUACUGAAACAGUACGAACUGAAUUUGGCGAGUCUUCCGAAGAGCAAGACAAGGGACGACACAAACUCCCUGUCGGCCCUUGCACACAGCAUUUGGCCAUCCACAAUUGGAAAUCCCAAAUCCACACCAUUUUCGACAGUGUCUCAAAGCACAGCCUAUGAGAACAUCUUGCCCGCAUUGAGUGGAAGCUGCGCCCUCAUGGUGUAUGUGGAUAGUGCUCGUUGGGAUCUGUACGUGGCGUCUACGGGUGAUUCGCGGGCAGUGGCUGGCUACUGGAAUGAGCGCUCUGGGCGAUGGGAAGUGGAAGCUUUGAGCGUUGACCAGACAGGUCGAAACCAAGACGAGGUCAAACGCAUUCAGCGGGAACAUCCUAUUGAAGAGGCACCCUAUGUCAUUCAACGUGGUCGAGUACUUGGAGGACUUGAACCUACUCGUGCUUUUGGCGAUGCACGAUACAAGUGGGAUGAAGGCACUCAAAAGCGCAUUGCCGAGGCGUUCCUCCCACAAGGCCGUGUCCGCAUGCCUCCGCGUGGACUUAAAACGCCCCCUUACGUCACAGCAGAGCCUGUGGUUGAGUGGCGCCGUAUCCCGGGAAAGAUGGACAGCACUGUGGAAGGUUCUUCAAACUAUGACAGUAGCUCGAAUGCUCCAUCGCGUGAGUUGCGCUUUAUUAUUAUGGCAAGCGAUGGACUUUGGGAUCUCAUGUCCAAUGAGGAAGCCGUGAGUCUUGUUGCAGGCCAUCUUGCUGGCAUGCGUGGCUCAGUUCGUGCUGCAGACCUGCAGCGUAUGUGCUUCGAGCCCUCUAAGGGCGCAGACAUGCAAGCGGGACAGUCGCUGGCUUCCUUAGAGAGCUCCAGUUCUUCAGCGCCGGGAUCUGCAGAGCGGAUUGUCCCCCACCAUCCACUGCUCAAGUCGCCUAAUCAUAUGCCUGCUUUCACAUUCGAAGAUGACAAUCUCAGCACGCACCUAGUUCGCAACGCUCUGGGCGGAGCUGCACGGGAACGUGUAGCUGGCCUUCUUGCCAUUCCAAGCCCCGAGUCACGCCGAUACCGCGACGACCAGCGACAGCCAGGUCUCGCCGCCGGCCUCCAGCGACGCAUCUCCACAGGGCACGGACGCCUCGAGCCUGACAGCAAAGCUGUAGAUGGGUUGGCCCGCGUGACAUUGCAUGUAAGAAUGCCCUAUCAGAAUGCACUUUUUUCUCAUGUUCUUUGCGAGACACGUCUUAGUAUGGCGUCGCGUCAGAUCACCUUCGCCGAGGUUUGCGAGCACAAGACCGAGGAGAGCCUCUGGAUUGUCAUCGACAACAAGGACGUGGGCCACUCUGAGGAUGCCCGUGAGACGCUGAAGACUUUCUUCAUCGGCGAUCUGGCUGACCCCGAGAAUAUGCCCAAGAGUGGCAAGAAGGCCUCGGACAUGAUGGGGGCCAACCCUGGUGGCUCUCCACAAGUUGGGCGACAGAACCGCGUCAGGGGCAAGAAUGCGAUGGUUUUCUGUAUCAAAACCGAACACUUUCAAAGUGCUGGAACUAAAGAAAAUGAUGAAAAGGCCCUGAAAAAUGUCGAAGCGGAACUCGCGAACCUGAAAGUUCUGCUAACUACGCAUGAUCUUCUAUAUCCACAAGCCAUUGACGCAGCUGCCAACAUUGAUGCUCUUGUGUUGGCACGGGAUGUUCUGGAAAUUGGUGCUCUAUGGAGUAUUCGCAUGAAGGACAUGGACAAGUUUGACCGAUACUGGAGCCAGUUGAAACCAUUCUACUUGGAUUUGGCAGAUGUAUUACCGCGGUCCAGCAACUACGAGCCCAUUGUGGGGCUGUCAUUGCUUCGUGAUCUAGCUGCUAAUUCUAUUGCAUCUUUCCAUAUUGCAUUGGAAUCACUUCCUAUGGAACUAGUUCGCGAUUCGCCAUAUAUUCAACACCCUGUAUUGUUGGAACGGUGGCUCAUGGAAGGCUCCUAUUCCAAUGUGUGGCGCGAGCGUGAUAAUGUUCCGCUCGAUGAAUACAGAUUUUUCGUCGACAUUUUGAUGGUAACGAUUCGUCACGAAAUCGCUUCAUGCGAAGAACGCGCCUAUGAUACGUUGCCUCUCAAUGACGUGGCAACACUUUUGUUCUUUGAUGCCUUACCCGAAGUUCUCGAGUUCGCAAAGGAGCGUGGUUGGCAUGUCAAUCCUACAAAUCAGACGGUGGAAUUUAGAAAUAAGAACUUCGAUGGUACUGCAGACUCUGAGGAAAAGAUUCCCAUGCGCUCUACCAUAACCACUAACUUGCAUUUCGCCAAGGAACUCGAGAGUAUCGUCUGA